AUGGCCGAAGCCCUGACCGUAAUAGAGGUCGCCCUCUGCAUCACCGAGGUAGUCGAACGCCUCUGCAAAUACGUCUCCGCAGUCAAAUCCGCCAAAGAUGACAUACGCAAGCUCACACAGGAGCUCCUCGCCCUCAAAGGCGCAAUGGACCACUUCCACGUCCAAAACGAGCGUAGCAUGGAUAAUCCGCUACAGGAGCAGGCCCGCGCCAUGCUCAAGAUGACCCAGGAGACUCUCGACUCCAUACGAAAGAAGCUCGGCACGCCAAAGACGUCGUCUCUGAGCCGUGCCGCCCAGAGUCUGGCCUGGCCGUUUCGGCAGGGUGAUAUUGAGACGUAUUUUGCUACCGUUGAGAGAGCCAAGACGUGGUUCAUCAUGGUCCUCAUGCGGGAUUCACUCGAUACCACCGCGUCUGUGUUGUCAGAGAUGCAGAAGCUGACGGCGCUUGUGCAUGAGGAUAUCGUGGCGCGCAAGACGGAUCGGAUGCUUGAGGAGACGGCUGAUCUACUAAAGUGGCUUUCGCCCGUCGACAGCGAGGACAAGCUUGUCAGUUCUAGGCACGAUCGCGCACCGGGUACUGGUAAAUGGAUAGUGGAUAAGACGUUUCUGGAAUGGCAAGGGAGCACUCCCACUGAUCAGCCCGUAUUCUGGAUCACUGGAAGGUCAGGAUCCGGCAAGACGGUGCUUUUCUCGCAACUCGUUGAGGACCUCGGAGCACAUCCCAGCGAUGAGGCCUCGGAAGAGAACGGCAACAUAGGCGUCGGUUUCCAUUGUUGUUCGCUAGACGAUGCGGCAUCUCAAGCCGUCCCGAACGUCUUUGGCUCCAUCCUGGCUCAGAUAGGAGCGACGAACCCCAGUAUCCUCGAUCAUGUCCGGCCGCUGAGGAAGUCUGGGAACACUUUGAUUCCGCAGAAUAACCUCUCCGUCGAACAGAUCUAUGACGUGAUGGGUCAAGCACUCGAGUUGUUUGAUGUGUUUUAUCUCAUGAUCGACGCCCUCAACGAGACGAGCCAGGAAUCUGUCAUUGUCAAGGCCCUUUUACACCUCUGCUCAAAGCACUCUAACCUACGGGUCUUGGUUACGUGUACGCGCGAGCCGGCGCAGGCUGACCCCAGCAUAUGUGUCCGACAUAUGAGCACAAGGUCCAUAGAUUGUGAUAUCGAGAUGUAUGUGGAGGAAAGGCUUUCGAGCGAACAGAGUUUCCAGUCCUUGAGUGUGAAAAUACGAACCGAGAUCAAGGACAAGGUCAUGUCAGAAGCGGAUGGGACAUUUCGAUGGGCCAAAUUGUGCAUGGAUAGACUCAGCACCCUUCGCACUGGGAGAGACGUACGACGAGCUCUGGUCGAUAUCCCGUCCACACUCAACGGGUUUUACGCCGGUAUCCUCACCCGUGUACCCCAACAAGACCGGGCCAUGGCUCGCGAGGCUCUUGCCUGGCUCUGCUUCUCUCUCCGACCGCUUCAUCUCAAUGAGCUCGCCGAAGCUAUCGUCCUCGAAGGUGACGAAGUCAACAUUGACGAUGACGACCGACUCACCGACCCCUCUGCCAUAAUCGAGAUCUGUCAAGGCCUAGCCCACGUAAGCGACCACUACGUCACCCUCGCCCACGACUCUAUCCGCACAUUCUUACAAUCAGAAUGGAUACGGACUUCUUCUGCCUCGGAAUACGCGCUGGACGCAGCCGCCUGUCACCAAAGGAUCAUGCGCAAGUGCCUCGCCUACCUCAGACUCGAGCCCUUCACCACAGGCCCCUUGGACAAGCUCCGGCACGUAAAGGCCAGAUUUGCAGCCUACCCGCUGCUGAAUUACGCUACAAACAUGUGGCCCAUCCACUCUGAGCGCUUCCCCCUCUCAGACGAAGACGAGAAGCUCAUUCUCGACUUCUUCGACACCAAGAAGCUCUCGCACGGCGGCGCCUUUGAGGCGUGGGUGCAGUUCGUCCUGCGCUCGGCGGACCUGGACGUCAUCCGGCACACGGAACCGCUCUACUACGCCGCGUCGUUCAACAUGACGUCCGUCCUGCAGUUGAUACUGAGACCAGAGUACAAGAUCGACGUCAAUAAGAGAGGCGGACGGUUCUCUUCGCCCCCGUUGUUUGUGGCGCUCUGGAGGGACAACGUCGAGGCGGCCAUGUUGCUGCUCAGGGCCGGGGCGGAUCCGGAUUCUCGGGAUACGAGUGGGCAGAGUAGUCGGCGCCUAGCCACGAGUCGAAAGCAUCACGAUGUUGUCAAGCUCAUGAAGGAGAUGAGUCCGGCUGGGGCAAAGAGGUCGCCGACUUGGAAUUGGGAUAGGGGGGCUCAGGAUGAGUGGGCUAUAGAAGAUGCUCUUGCACAAUCGAGACUGAGAAACUAUAUGGAGGAGGAUUCCUGA